AUGACUAUGGAGAUGCGAAAUUUGAAGCUCGAGUCAGAUUCUUGGCCUACAAAAGUUAUCUUCAAACAGAAUUGCAGUAUUGUACUCGUUUAUAAGACACCAAAAAUUAUAAGAGUGUGA